AUGGCCCCUGCAGACAGCAAGGACGCCGGCGCAGGCGCGAGCCCAACAUCGGCCCCAGCAGCAUCCAUGGGUACGCCGCGGCAGGCGCCCUCCGUCCCUGCCCAGCCCCCCGAGCGCAGCAGUGUGACCGUGCACCAGCCUGCCAGUGGGACUGAUGAGCCAAGCCAUGGGGGCACGCGGCAGGCCGGAAACAUUGAGCGCCCCUCUGGCGAGCGGUGCCAGCCUGAGCCAGCGCCCAAGCGUCUCAAAGCGGCCGGCGUCGCCACUCCCGCGCCGCGGGCGGCGCCAGCCGUGAGGCAGGAGGGGCCACAGGGGCGGCCGAGGCCGGCCCUGGCACCAAUGCUGCCGCUGCAGAGGGCAGACCUGGCUGGUGGGUGGGAGGCAGACGCAUCGUCGGUUUCAAAUUACAAGGAGGAAGAGGAAGAGGAGGAGGGAAGUGAGGAGGAGGAGGGGGAGGAGGAGGAGGAGGAGGAGAGCUUGCAUACAGGGCAGCUGCAACCGCAUCAGCCGCACCACAAGCACGGCCAGGAGCAGCCGCAGCGGCAGCGCCAGCAGCAGUUGCAGCGGCUGAGACAGCGGUUCGAGCUGUCAGAGGAGGAUGCAAGCUGCAUUGUGCCCCGCGCCCAGUGCACAGACGCCGUCGGCCGCCAGCCAGCGAGGGCGCGCUCGCGGCGGCGGAAGCAGCUUGCGCCGGUGCGGGUGAUACCGAGCGAGCGGCGGCCGCAGCAGGGCAGCCACACGCAUGGCUCUGGGCCGCUUCCAGUCGCACCAGGCGCAUGCGGCAGCUAUGACGACAACCAGGCGCCCGAGGCUACGCGAGGGUCAUUGAGUGACAGCGGCAAAGACGACGGCGGCGGGGUGCUGGGCUGGCGCAUGCCGCAGGACUUUGUGCAGCUGCCUGCCGGCUACCCGACGGAUCCCGCAGGCCCCCGCAUCGACAUGCGCUCCCAAGGCCACACGCGCCUGCUGACGGCGGCGGCGCGCCACAACGCCGCGCACCUGCCGGAGGGGGCGCGGGACCCGGGGGCGGCCGUGCGGGACGCAGAGGCGCGCGCGCGGCUGCGGCCGGGCGCGGCACCGGCGGUGGUGGGCACCUUAGGGGGCGUCCCGGUGGGCUGGGCGACGAGUGCGGCGUGGCGCGCAAUCGGGCGGGGCCUUGAAGGCGACAGCGGCAUCGGCGGCGGCGGCGGCGGCGGCGGGGGCGGGCGUGGGGAUGGUGGUGGGGGUAAGGGCGACAUCGGCCAUAGCCCUGGCGGCCCGCCGCCCGCCGCUCACGGCAGGCUGCUGCGCCGCAGCCUCGACGCCUCCAAAGAGACGCCGCCCGGCCGCCACGCCGCCGCCGCACAGCACCGGGACGCCCCAGGGCCGGCGACGCCAACGCCGGCGCCGGCGGCGCGAACGGCGGCCGCUGGUGCGCGCUCACCGUCGCCGGCAGCGCCGCCGCCGCCGCCGCUGCCGCCGGCGCCGCCUCUGCCCGUGAGCAAAGAAGAGGCGCAGUGGCGCAGCAGGCUGGGGGCGUUCCUGGGCUGCAGGGUGCAGGUGCCGCGGCUGUCGGCGCGCGCGCCGGCGCUGGAGCUCAAGAAGUUGUGGAGCUUGGUCAUGGCCCGCGGCCGCCGCCGCGGCGUGUGCAGCGAGGAGGGCGGCUGGGAGGACCUGGCGGAGGAGCUGCAGGGGGACGAGGCCCUGGCGCCGCUGGUGGAGGCGGCCUAUGACGUAUUCCUGGCCCCCUUGGAGGACGCCCUGCCGCCAACCGCGCGCGCCGCGCGCGCUCUCGACGUUGCGGAGGGCGCCGCGCGCGAACGGCGCCGUAUGGGCGGCGCGCUGCCGUCGUACGGCGCGGCCGCGGCGGCCGUGGAGCGCGCGGAGGCGGCGCUGGCGGCGCUCGAGUGGGGCUCGGAGGCGGGAACGCCGGUGCGGCAGGCCGGCGGCGGCGCAGCGGCAGGGGCGGAAUCUCAGCCUUGCAAGCAGCGCAGGCGGUGUUGUGCUGACGAUGAGGAGGAGGAGGAGCAGGAAGGGGAGGAAGGGGAGUUGGACGGGCAGGCUGCAGCCAGUACGGCAGCGGGCGAUGGAGCAGCAUCUGUGGAUGGGCGUGGUGGCACAGAGCAGCUGCAAGAAUGGGCGCGCCAGGCGCAACCAAGUGGGUGGCGGGAGGAGGAGCUGCACACAUUGCGGAAGGGACCAAAAGAAGGGCAGCAGAACGAGCAGCUGAGUAGGCAGCAGCAGCAGCAGCAGCAGCAGCAGCAGCAGCAGCAGCAGCAGCAGCAGCAGCAGCAGCAGCAGCGGCGGCGGCAGCAGCAGCAGCAGCAGCAGCGGCAGCAGCAGCAGCAAGCGCAAGAGCAGACACCACAGGAGCAGCAGCGUGGGGGGCAACGGGGCAAAGAGGUUUAUCCGGAAACAGCCAUCGUCACAGGAUUCGCAGCUGCAGCGCUUGACACAUUCGACUGGCCCUGCACCCGGCUGUGCGGCUUGCUCAGCGGCGCCGGCGCCGGCGCCGCGCGCGCGGCGACCCUGCUGGCGCGCGGCGCCGCCGCGGACCCCAUCGGAGCGCUCGCGCUGCUCUCGCGCGCGAGCGGCCCCGCGGGCCUGUUUGCUGAACAGGUGGAGGCGUGCCGCCAGGAGCGCCGGCAGGCGCGCCGCAUGCGCAGGGCUGCGGCUGACCCUAACGCGAGCAUGGUGGAGGCUUCCUCAGAUUACUCCGAUCUUGAGGCAAGAGCUGACCAGGCGCUGAGCCCGGCGGCGGGCUGCAAUUUGGACACCUGUUGGGGGGCGGCCGCACGCGCGGUAGGCCCGGAGGGCCAAGCAGCACACGAGCGAAGCAAGGCUGGAGGCCCCGCCGGCGAGGGGGCCCUGCGGGCGCCGCUGGCGCAAGAGCUGGGUGUCGUAGUCAGCGCCGCGCGCUGGCUGCUGCUGUCGCGGCGCCAGCUGCACGGCUCCUCGCCGGGCGCGGCUAAGCUGCGGCGGCUGCGGCGGCUCCGCGAGCUCGCAGCCGCCGCGGCGGGAGGGGCGGGUGGCGCCGCGCGCUCAGCCCAGCGGACGACAGGGGCGACGGCGGGCCGGGCGGUUGAAGCAGGUGCGGCGGGCCCUCUGCUGGGCACCACCCAGGCCGGCCGGCCCCGCACCAACAAAGAACAAAGGAAGGACGAGACCGGGCCGUGGCUGUGGCGGGCCGAGGGGAAGCGGCGCAGAUGGGCCGCGAGCGCCAAGACCCCAAAAUGUGGCAACUGCAAGACGUGA